UAAGGAAUAACUGACAAAACCUCUUCAACAAGAGGGCAGCUCAAUUGUUUACAUUUCUUGGCUGUUAAAAGGCUUUUCAUUAAACCGAUGCAAUGACUUAAAGAUUCUUCACUUUAUUAAAGCGUGGCUGGUGAGGGAGAUCAGACGGGGGAGAGCAUUUUCUGAGGUAUUGUGGUUUUUGGAAGCAACUCAGAAAACAUGAACAUCCUACCUAAGAAAAGCUGGCACGUACGCAACAAAGAUAAUGUUGCGCGAGUCCGAAGAGACGAGGCGAAGGCCGCCGAAGAAGAGCGCGACCGCCAGAGGAGGGUGGAGCGCGCAGAGCAGGAGGCCCGAACUGAAUUCCUUCGCAGAAAGGCACGCACUUUGCAUUCUUCCCCAGAGAGUAAGAAGGAAGAAGGUGGCAGUCUUCUACUACAGGAGAAAUCAAAGCAUUUAGACUUGUUCGGAGUGAAUGACAGUCAGAGAGGAGAGAAGAGAGGAAAUGAGGAGUAUGAAAAAGAAAAGCAACAGGAAAAGGAACGACGAGAGCGUGCCAUUGGCCUGCUGGUUUCCCUUGGCCCUUCUCCUGGGACAGAUACGAAUCCAUGGUACCUGCAGAGUCCCACUGAACAAGGGUGCCCGGAGACAGAGUCUGGGAAAAAUGACAGGAAGAAACAGAAGGUUACUGAAGAUCAGCAAAGCAGAAAAGAAAAGAAGGAUGCUAAGUUAAAGGCUUAUUUGGACCCUCUGCAUGAAAUGGAAAGCAUGCUGAAGAAGAAAAGGCCGGUGAAAGAGGAGAAUAAACGAGAGAAAAAGGGAGAAAAGAGACGAGAAGACAAAGUUAGCGGAGCAGCAAGGAAUUCCUUGGAACGUAUGAGACAGGAGCGGCUGCAGAGGGAGGCAUCAGAAAGAGCUCGGGCCCAGAGUUUACUUACCAAGAGAACCGAAACGAUGCAGAAGGAGGAGAAGGAACUCGAUGACCGAAGCAGGCCUUACAGUAGCCAGUACCAUCCUAAUCUGGCCAGACAACGCCCCGGACCUCGAUAAGGCCUAUCUAGGACAUCAUGCUUGCAUGCAAUCAAACUCUUCUACUAACAUUUUUGGCUUAUUUUGCCUGUUAAGCGAGUAUCAGAAUACCCAAUUAUCUCAAGUAUCAUUAUUCAGAUUGGUCAGGUUUUGUCAGGGAAAUGCUGAAAUAACUGUCAAACAAAUAUCGCUUAAAAUGAGCUUUGUAUAAGAAUAGAUUUCUUAUUUAAAUAAAAUGAUGGAUACAGAGAAGUAA